AAAAUCGACACUUGUCGGAAAUUAGUAAAUUGGAAAAAUAAAAAAUGAAGGUGGAGAUUGUCUGAAAAAACACUACUAGGACUCAAAGAACUUAACUAACUGCCUAACGUCAGGUUCCAAAUGUUCAGCACAGAUGAGAUGUAGCAUUGACAACAUACAACAGAGUUACAGCAGAGGCUACGCGGGUUACGCGUCACUCGUACAGUAAACUCGUCAGUUGUCACUUAUUCCAUCAUAUGGGAAUAGAAAGUACAAAAAAUACUCAGUGACAAUUAGAGAAUUGAGUAAUAAAUGGCGGGUCAUAAUUAUAUCAGUGACCCGAAAAAUCCAUUUUUCUCGUUGGAAGACGACGUGGAUGACGAGACUUUUCUCGGUAGUGCUCCACCGAGGACAUCCGCCCCCUCGUCGUAUUAUUCCAGCAAUCAUUACAGCAAUUAUGACGAUGAGAUCGAACGUCAACACCAGCAAAUAAUUGAACGCAGAAAAGCUAUUGAGGAAAGAACUAUUCAAUCAUCCGAAAGAUCCAUAUCGCUUCUGAGAGAUUCUGAACAAAUUGGUGCAGCAACAGCUGAGGAACUUAUAAGACAGCGAGAACAAUUGGAAAGGACUGAGAAACGUUUGGACGACAUAAACAGCACAUUGCGUUUCAGCCAAAAACAUAUACAAGGUAUAAAAAGUGUAUUUGGUAGCUUGAAAAAUUAUCUAAGUGGCAAAUCGAUUGAUGUGCCAAGUUCGUCAUCGAGCAUUGCCAACAAAAUACCACAAUCUGAAAGUGCCGAAUCGAUCAGCGGUCUUUCAAGUACGAUAGAACAAACGAGGAACAAUUUAGCAUUGAAUCAUCCGUCUCUGGAGCGUAGAGGUUUGUUGGGUGAGGAAGAUGAGCAGACAUCGACAAAACCCGACGUUGGCGCAGCCUUAGAACGAAAUUUGGACGAAAUGAGUGGAUCACUCGCUCGUCUCAAGGGUUUGGCUAUCGGCUUGUCCGAGGAAAUUGAUUCUCAACACGAUCUCAUUGAGAAUGUGAUGGAUAAGACGGAAAGAGCUGAUAUUAUGCUACAGAGGCAAAACAAAGACAUUUCUCACCUUCUCAAAAAAUAAAUUUAUCGCUGCAAAAGCACGAGGUAAAGUCUUUUAAAAAAAGUGUAUAAACAACGUUAUUCUCGUCGUGACGAGGGAGUCGAAAAAUGAGCGACCAUUUCAUCGGAGCCUCGAUCAACUUGGCAAUCGAAGCCGAUACCGAUAACGAAUUUAUAUAUCGUGAAAAUAUUACAUAAAAUAACAAUCUCGAUAGAUCCACUUAUUAUUGAAGCAAAAAAACCGUGCUGAUAUCUUCUUAAUGACGAUUUUACAAAGAUUUAUUAUUUUGUCCGUUUACUCGUUGAAUGCAAUGGAUAUUAUGAUCAGUGCAACGUGAUGCGAUCACGCCGUCUGUAAAAAAACUUUAAAAAUAAAUUAUUUAAGCUCGA